UGUAUGGUGAGAAUCUUAACCCGCACUCUGCCGUUCCUUCAUCUUUCCGCUGUUUCUCCUCGCGGGGCACGAUUCUUGUCGAGGAGAUACACGUACAUGUACUAGUAUAUGGGUCACCGAGAGUUGAGAGCUAGCACCAGUUGUUACAUCUGUGUGCUGCUGCUGCUGCGUGGAUUGGGCUUCUUGUCUUCAGCUCCUUCUUCAUAGUGGGUUGGGUGAGAACCAUACCUAGACGAUCCUACCAUUGUAUGUUCUAGACAACGUACGCCUUUCCGGACCUUCACUCUGGUUUCAGGAAAUUCUAAAGUUUACUUGCACGAAUCCUUCCUCACCACGUCUGUUGUUCUCUUCUUCUGAUAAUUGAGAACACUGCUCUUGCCGGGUAGUGCUAGUCUCGGGUUUGGCACUAAUAAGACGUGGAAGUUACUGAUUGCCACCACGCCAGGAUGACAUCGGAAAAAUACAGAGACUGCAAGGCAUUCCAAAGCCACGAGCUGUUUCCGCUAUUGCAACUGUUAGCCGACAGUCACGAUCGCAUUCCUGGACAGGAUCACCCUGAAGUCAUGCACAAUGAAAUGGAAAACCUCCUUCGUCUCGAGCUGGGCAAGUACGAUGAUAGGACUCGCAUUCGUACUCCGAAGGUCCAGGAAGGAAUGGAUGACAUAACCCAAGCUAUAUUGGAUGAGAUGUCAAAUUUACUGGACAACUGCACAAAAUUGCUCGAUCUUCACAAGCAAUGUCACAGACGCAAGCAACAGCAGAUCUGUCGCAUCCAGAAAUACUUCCUGGAGAAGUCCAGUGCUAUCAUCAAUAGUGUGAAGCCGUUGCAGCAGGCACCGGUGUACCAGCCUCGGGGAGACGGUGCUACGCCAGGAACAGUGGAGCCUCGGGGAGACGGUGCUACGCCAGGAACAGUGGAGACCGGAGGAUCAGUACUGGUCGGGAAGAGAUCAGCUGAUUCAUUGGAGAACCGGCCCAGUCAAUUCCAGCUCCAUCCUAGAGGUGAUAACGCGAGCAGUUCCAAUUUUCCGCCCGCUAGGAGAAGGAUCUGUGCAAGCCAUAUUCUGGAUGGCAGGCAACGGGCUGAAGUUACCAAUGAUGAAAGUGCUGAUGACAUCAGUGUAUCCAGACAUGAAGAGAGAAGUCCCCCAGAUGGAGAGCAGGCACUUAUCUCCCCCGGUCUCGACAAUGAGCAGGGUCGCAUGAAAUCAAUGUUCCGACAUCCACCAACAGUCACCGGCUACUUGAAGGAGUGGUAUAGCAAACACAAAGAGUUCCUCUUUCUGUCUGCCCCUCUCUCCCUUUCUAUUAAUUUUCUCUUUCUCUCUCCCUUUUUAUUGUUUUCUAUCUCUCUCUCACAGAACCCAUACCCUACUGCUCAGGAAAAGGAGAUGCUUAUUGCCAAAUCGGAGAAGACGUUUGGCUUUACAAUGACCAAACAGCAGCUUGAUAACUGGUUCAUUAAUCAGCGUCGGCGAGUUUCGGACGGUCUCAAUCGCUCAAGGCUAGGAUCAGUUGGCCAGUCUGUGGCUGAAUCCGGCACAGCGUGCACAGCAGUAUCAUCAACCUCAACCAUGCAGAUCGGCAAUCCACAGAGCCAGCUGAGCAGCCACACACCAACUUCCAUCCAAUCGCCGACUAUGCCCAGCAACACUGCACUCAGUCCUGUUCAGCUGCAGAUGGUGAUGUCACAGCAGCACUGGGAUAGUCGGCACGCAACAAGCACACUUGGACCAGCAUCCAUCUUGAAGUCACCAACAACCCUCACUCGUGCUCCCAUUAUCUUCACCACCAAAAACCCUGGAGUUGCAAAGAGUAGCAUAGCCAUUGCUGCUCCACAGCAAGUCCUUCUAUUGACCCCUGCUCCUCAACCUGCUAGCACACAGCCCGCAGUCCUAUCAGCACUGUCACCACCGUCCGUUCUUCCACCAGUGUCAGGUAUCACGGUAGUAUCACCACCAGCUAUACCGGUGGCAACUUCUCCUCUGCACAUGGUGUCCCCAUCAGCUGGGACAUAUGCCUGCACGCAAAACCCUAUGCCAGAAGUCAACCGUGUGUCCCACCCUUAGCCAAUCCGCCCACCAAGGCUACCAGGGUGCUACAACCCUUGUGUACCCAGUGUCUGACAAUAACCCUAAUAUCAAGCUCAACGCCCGACACAAGCCAACAGCAUAGCUAGUUUAUCACAGCCAGCUCAGAGCACAAGCCACACAACACUGUCAGCUACAACGCAGCCCGGCAGUCAACCAGUCAACCUUAUCAACUGCAACUACCCGUGGGCGAACAAAACCGCAGCAGCAGGUACGGACCACCCAGGACCUCCUCGACUAGCCGCAUAAUUCUCCAUCGGCUGAUGCAGAACAAUGCAAAUAAAGCUUCCAACUAACUUCCAACAGUGCACAAUGCAUAUCCAGAAGCUAUAGUUCAACCAUCUGUCUCUGCUAUCCUGCACUGCCACAAUUGCACCUGCCUCUAACUUACUAGCCAGCACUGUCGCAAUUGCAACUAGUUCCACUGCACUGUACAAGUGUCCUGCAAGGACACUCACUCUUCAAGAAUUCCUGGUAUCAUCGUGAGUCAGAAAUGCCUGUCUGAUUCCUACUCCCUGUGACAAUAUUCGUCUAAAAGCCCCUUUCAUGCAUAUGCUCCUGGGGCUUUAUAGCUAUUCUUAGUUGUAGGACUGGUUCUUAUGUAGAACACAGCUCAUCAUCAUCACGGUAUUUUCCUAGGUGUGUAAUUGUCUGUGAUGUGUCACCAAUGCGGCACAAGGCUUCAGUAACUAGUUACUCUGUAUUGCUAUCCUGUGUUUGAUUCACGAAGCCCGAGGUAUCUACGAUGUGUGGUGCGUGCACUUUUUUAGGUAAGUAUCACUUCAAUGACUUUACUUCCCAACCUGUGAGUUGCCUGCUCUCUUUCCUUCUCUCUUGCCACCCUGCCUCAGUCAGUCAGUAAAUCUAGAUCGGCUAAAGAAGCCAGAAACCUUGUCCGCCGUUCAGACAUGUCGCGACAGUGGCCUGGCCACUGCACCAACAGCAUGCUGACUAGGCGGCCGCUGUACAGCCUACACUACAGGCUAUGUGUGCUCUCGCUCCCUGUAUCACUGUGAACUAAUGUUAUUACUAGUAUUAUUUACUGCGUGACAUUCACCACCAUUUCGCUCUGUUUAUAAUAAUUAUACCGUCUGGUAAUUAUUAUUAUUUUUAGUUCAACUAACCUGUCACCAAACCA